AUGACGGCAGGUUCGAUAUCCUACCAAGAGUUCAGAAGUCUGGUGAAAGGCUUUGUCAUCAUAUCAGACUCAAUAUAUGACAAGUGGCGUAUCGAAUAUGGGGCUAAUAAUAUCAUGUACAUGAGCAAGAGACUUGAGGCUGCGCCUACAGUUCAGGCCAACAGAGAAGAAGUCCAGACAGAAGCUAGCCCAGACACAUUUUGUGGUUCACAACUGUCAGAAUUUUCACAGCUUCAUCUUACUGACAGAACCAACACUGAAGAUGGGGAUAUUCUUUCUGAAAUGGAAAUCGAUUUAGAGGCAGAUGAGAGCUGUAUGCCUACACUUGAGGUGCAAGCACAACAGGGGCUGACAUUUGAGUACCAUGUAAUGUACAGCGAAAGUUAUGGUGUCCCCGUGCUGUAUUUCAAUGUUUUUCAACCUGAUGGUAAAAGACUGCCUUUGGAAGAAGUUUGGAAGCUAUGUCCCUCAACAUAUCAAAGCUACAUAACAGAAAACAAGUGGAGCACUCUUACACAACAGGAACAUCCUGUCUCGGGCCGGCCCUACUUACAACUUCAUCCUUGUCAUACAUCUAAUCUCAUGGCACAGAUUACGACAGGACUGGAGGCUGAUAAAAAAAAAAACUACUUGGUUACCUGGUUGAGUACAGUUGGACCAAUGGCAGGACUUCGGAUACCACAUGACUACAUCACAUGA